AUGCUGCUGGGUGGUGGUAGUGGUGAUGUUGCUCUGAAUUUUCGCUUCACUGCGACCGACGAGAAAGCCUCUGCAUUUGCCCGUGCCAAAACAGCACAGCAAACCCAGAGUCGGUGCGCUGCAGUUCGGACGCGUUUUUUUUUCUCUUCUAUCGCUGCUUUCGAGUGUCCGCGGUGUGUGUAUUAUUUUGACUGCGAGUGGAGUAAAUUUGCGACUUUUCGUCGGGUGAAAAUAUACAAUAAUUUUCAAGUUAUCUGAACUGGCAUGAUUUUAAAAGGAAGCAUAAUUAUCAUUUGAGUGUUAACAGUGGAGUGUGCUAGCGGAAAUUGAUUUUGAAAUUUGGAUACAUUUUGGAAGUUUGUGACGGUGAAUGGUGGUGCGAUUUUCUGGAUGUUGCGAGCUAAAAUGGAAGUGCCAUCAUCCGCUGCACUCGAGUGAGCGAACCAGAUCAAAUUGUGGAUUAUGUGAAUGCAAGGAUUGUUUUGCUUUGCUCCUAACUACGGCUAAGUUAUGCGACCAGCAGGUCAGGAUCUACUGACAAGCAGUGAAAAACAACUCAUUCAAGGCUCAAACGAAGUGUGAUUCUAAAGCCAAAACAACCGACGACAAAGAUCGUUGAACAACGGGUCUGAUAGUGAAGUGAAGUGUCAAACGUAAUGUUAUAGUGUGAUAAUCGAAUUUACAUAUAGUAGGGUCCCCAUCUACUAGCGAUUGGGUGUAUAAUCUGAUUGAAAGUGCCCGAGUCAGGUUGCAUCAUAUUUCGACAAAGCGCAACAAAGCAGGAUCGUCGGCAGAAAGCAGUAGAAACGAACAAGUGAUAACCUACAGGACUGUUGGUCCUAAUACCCUAGCAAUGGGGUUUGAACGGUAGUGAGCUAUGAGUGAUUUCUUCGGUAGGUGGUGUUCACUUGGAGAACAGCGAAAGUUAGGCGAUUCUUAUUGUGCAGUGGUAGAUGUAAUUGUGAGCUGAUAACGAUGAACGUAGGACAGCACAGCGGUCCCGGACCGCCACUGAAUCGUAGCGGUUGUUCGGAUCGCUCGGUCACUGGACCCUCCUGUCGGGCACUGCGUACAGCUGUCUCCGCGCUGUACUGCUUGGAUGACUUCAUCCGGGAGAAGAUUGGAUCCGGAUUCUUCUCGGAAGUUUACAAGGUGACGCAUCGUACGACCGGUGACGUGAUGGUGCUCAAGAUGAACCAACUUCGAGCCAAUCGGCCAAAUAUGCUGCGUGAGGUACAGCUGCUGAAUAAACUUUCGCAUCCAAACAUCCUAAGGUUCAUGGGCGUCUGCGUGCAGGAAGGUCAGCUGCACGCCCUCACCGAGUACAUCGAGGAUGGUUCGCUGGAGCAACUGAUCGCAAACAGUGCCGUCUAUCUUUCGCCACUGUUGAAGAUACGGCUAGCACUCGGAAUCGCCCGAGGGAUGCAGUACGUGCAUGAUGUCGGUAUUUUCCAUCGGGAUCUGACGAGCAAGAACGUACUGGUGAAACGAACAGCGGACGGAAUGUUCGAUGCUGUGGUCGGAGAUUUUGGACUGGCAGCCAAUAUCCCGCGAAAGUGUGGUAAACCACGACUGGACACAGUGGGUUCGCCCUACUGGAUGAGCCCCGAGUGUUUAAAAGGGCAAUGGUACGACCAGACCAGUGACGUGUUUUCCUACGGGAUCAUCCUCUGUGAGCUGAUUGCUCGGAUCGAGGCUGAUCCUGACAUAAUGCCAAGGACUGAUUCGUUUGGGAUGGACUACAUUGCGUUCGCCGAUCUGGCCCCGAACGACACGCCACCGGCGUUUCUAAGACUGGCUUUCUAUUGUUGUACCUAUGAUCCAAAGAGUCGCCCCACGUUUACCGAGUGCAUUAAGAAAUGCACGCUGCUGUCGGACGUGUGCGAGGAUAGCUACAGUCAUCAUCACCAUCAGCAGCAACAGCACCUCCACCAUAAGCAUAGUAUAAGCAAUGGCACUAACACGAGUACCGUCCCUUCCUUGCUUUCGCCGAGUACACCCGCCAUCGGCAGCUGUCCAUCUCCGGUAACACCGCCAACAUCAGUGACCUCGUACUCUUCUGUACAUAAUAGCAGUAGCACUAGCGUUAGUAGUUCAUGCAACGGCUCCGCAUCGACAAAUACCGUCAAGACCGGCGUUAGCAAACGCAACUCGAUUGAUGUGGCAAACCUUAGCCCGACGAGCGAACCAGCCCCGGUUGGAAAGGAGAUUCUCAGUCGAGAGAACAGUCUGAACGGGGAUCGCGAUGGAGACAAUCCGAUGCAUCAUAGAAGAUCCCUCUCGGAGAACGUGAUCGUUUUCCCGCCUCACACCACUCCCAGCGAUAAGGCACGAUAUCACAUGCACCAGCGAACGAGCGGUAGCAGUAAGCUUGCCGAAUCGGUUAUCCCCGAGUCGCCUACAUAUUCGAACCAGACACUGCGGAAGGUGGCUGAAACGAUGCUGUUGAAGGAUCCACAGUAUAAACCACGAUCCAAAACCGACCAGGGAGGUAUCUCGAAAGCAAACCCUUUCGCUGCCCUCUCGCAAUUGAAGGGGGUUAAGAAAAUCCUAGGACCGAAUCCAGCGGUUACCACCUACAGUUCAGGAGAUUUGUUCAGUUCGUGCUUCGAAAUGUCCGCCCCGUUAUUGCGUGAAUGGAACAUAGUACAAAAUAGAACGGCUAAGAAUCGGGACGGUGUAAGCAGCGGCGGUAGCAGUUCCGAAGGCCAACCGAAGAGUCUACCAAGUUCGCCCACCUCACCCCGGAAAGAGUACUGCGAUGAUGAGGAGGAUAGUAUUGUGGCAAAGUUGAAGAAUAAAUCCAAACCAACGGAUCAAAUAGAAAAUGGAUCUACAGAGGACAGCUUCAACCCGGCAGGGUACAGUUUUGCACGCAAAAUUUCCCUUGGUGGUUCGGGAAUCAAGAAGUAUCGUGCCAAUUUCACCGAACUUUCUAGUCACCCUCUGUACAAGAGCGGCGCAAUCGAGACUGAAUCCAGCAAUGUAGGCGGGGGAGAACAAACGGGAGUCGCGAAUGCCAACACCGACAGCGGGACUGAGGAGGGUGGAAAUGAUACGAUACCUCCGGUGAUAAUUGGAAACACGGACGGGAUCAAAAAAUCCUCGUCGAGCGGGAUGGGGGAAGGAAUUUUGGAAACGCCUAGGAUAUUGACGAGGAGAGGAUCUACCGAGAGUGGAUUUUUCUCCUGUUUGAAUGAAGACUUUAGCACGUACAGAUCGUCGCAGUGUAGCUGCAUGGAUAAAGGUAAUUUCGAAUCCUCGGAGCGGUUACCCGUGUGCAGAUGUGUGUACGGAGGAGUGAACAAUCUGGCCGCAAGGUUGGAAGAUCUCGAGCUAUCGUCCAAUCAGACUCUGAAUGAUAGCUCUAGCGUUUUGCUGUUUGAUGAUUCAUCGACGAAUGUGAGUUCACUGAGAAGCAUGGAUGACUUGGAGCUGUCGGACUCAAUUCGAAAGAAAUUCAACUACCGACACCACGUUCUCAGUAAUGUGGAUAUAGACGCCCGAUCUAUAGAUAUGGGAUUAAUCAACAGGCUCGCGCUAGAUUCCGAAAUUAACAGUAUGAUACAGAAAAAUCAAUUUACGAAUCAGUUACUGUACUGUAAAAACCGAUCGUCGUCUAUUUUCACCGAUAGUUCGGACGAUAUUAGCUCAUUGGCAGGAUCGGAUUCGCUACUGUGGGAUGAUCGGUCUUUUACGACAAUUCCCAAUACACGCUCGGCCCAGAUUGCGAAGAUUGUCGAAUAUUUCGAACGCAAAGGACAAACCUUCAAACCAUUCACCGUACCUGACUCGACCUUCGGAUUAUCCGCUGGUCAUUCCGGCUCGUCCGCCUCGUCGUCAUCGUCUUCGGCUUCCGGCGCUCAUCAUCCGUACCAGUACCAUCAUCUACAUCGAACUGGCACCAAUAAUGCAAUCGAUUCUGCCCGUCGACCCUCCAACGGCUUCUGUAAAUUUUCCACUGCAGCAGAACUUCGCCAGCGAACCGAGUACGAGGCGUUCUGUUUGGAUCUGGAGCGAAAACAGCAGAACUCAGCUAGUAUUCAACAGCAUUACCAUUACCACAACCACCAACAGCAGCAGCAGCAACAGCAACAACAGCAAUUUCAGGUACACCACCGCCUGAACAACAUCUGCGAGGGAAACGUCCGAUCGAAGUUGCAACUUUUCGACAAAAUAAAGCAGCAGAAUGGUACCGCGGGACAACCGACGUCCAACUCGGGUAGCUGCAGCAGCAUUAGCAGUAGCAGCAACGGGUGCGGGGCUGGUUCUCCUAGUGGAACUUGUAAUGGUAAUAGCGGACAGUAAGCAUCGGAACGGAUUAGUGAGAACACUGUACAUAUAUACAUCUCAUGCGAGUAAACACACGUAUCAAACAUACAUACGUUGUGAGCAGUUGUAGGGAACUGUUUUUGUCACACUCUUGGAUAUAUUUUAAUAUUUUUCGUUGCCGAUAGGAUCGGAUCGUGGAACAAAAAAUUUUCAGUAUUUAGUAUGCGAAGUCAUGAUGAUUGAAGUUUCUUUUACUUUGUUUUGGUACCAAGCUGGUUGAGUUCAGAGAUUAUUUGAAGAGGAUUUCCCAUGUCACCUUCCCUUGUGCUGGCUGAAAUAUUGCGCUGUUGUGAUUUCAUUUUGUUGGAAUCAAUUCCUGUUUACUAAAUUCUCGCGACCAAUUUGGUGAGGGGCUCGGUCGUAUGUAAGAGAAAUAAAUCUGUUUGGCAUAAAGUCGUUUAUCACAGUCACUUGGCGUAAUCAUAUAGCGAGAGUGAAGUUUGUUUCAAAAUAUGGUUUCAACUUUUUACAAUCGCAUAAAGGUCAAUGGAACGGAAUCGAUUGAUAAUAUGCGGUAUGAUUGGCAAAUUCUUCGAUUCUAUCUUACUCUCGUGUUUUAGCUGUCUUGAUUAUACUCAAAUGAUAGCACAUAGAGGCGAAUCAAUGUUUGGUGAACAAAAAAUGUGCGUGCGCUUAGGGGGUGAGCCAUAUAAUGUGGUACCGCAUGAAUUGCGUAGUGACGUCAUAAAAUGAGCAUGUUGACUAGAUUGUGCCGAGGCCUAUCCAGCGAUUUCGGGUGUAGGAUUGCAUCCGGUUCACUGAUGCCCUGACGAUUCAAGCCGGUGAUUCGCUACGGACUACUCGGAAUAAUUUCCGGGGACGGGCAUAGCGUAGUUGGUAAAUAAAUUGCCUUGUACGUAGCUCACCUGGGUUUUAUUCCCAUCCCCGCACACAGGGUAAGAGAUUUUUCCAAAAGAAAUUUCUCUAACUCGACAAGAAGCGAAUGACCCUAAACCUCUAUAAUCAAAAUAAAAAAAAAUGAUUCCCGACAGAGAAUCUUUCCUACUCCGACGAAGAGUUUCCCGGCACUGGAAGAUCUUCCGAAUCCUAUGUUACCCGGGGGGAUGCCGAGGUCGGCCCUGCGAUUCUGCGCAGAGUGUGACAUCCAGUUCACAGGCGCCCAUAUGACCAUUUGAACUAGUUCCCGGCGGUAAGCCUACUCCAACGACGAAAUUUCUCGACGUCAGUCCUUUAAUUCCGGGGGGAGGAUGACUUCAGGUUCUCAGUUGCCCCGAAUACCUAUCGUUAAUCCUAUACUGUUAUUUUUGUCUUCGUUGCAAAGCUGACAUGAUCUGAAGGACUGUUCUGUUCACCGCGUUCCAUUUUUCUUCGUCCGCAUACAUUCUUUGGACAAUAUUGUUCAUGUUGACGUCCUCACCAGCAAUAGUUCUUUUUUCGUUUCGCUCGUGCUCGAAUCGCGGGUAUUCGAAGGCCACGUUCUCAGGUGUUUCCUCUGCAUCACCGAACCUGUUCAGAUAUUUCUUGAAACAGCCAUGACCAGACAAGAACUGCGUCUUGUGGAAGUUAACUUCGCAGUGCGCUCUGUUGACCCACACCGACAGGCAUGGCAUUGGCCAUCAGCCUGAACGUGCUGCUGGCCGAGAUCUGUUUGUCUUCAUCAGUAGUGCCAUCACCCAUGCAGGUUUUGCGAUUCUAGGCACCGAAGUGGAGACGCUAGCCAGUAGUCGCUUUUUACUGCUGCUGAUUGCCGAAGUGUUGGACAUGAUUCGCGGUAGUGCCGAGAUCACUUUUACGGCCCUGCCGCCUACGUGGUCGAUGCGGCUAUCAAUGCUCAACCGAUCGUCUAUCAUCACUUCUAGUUGUCAAACUUCUCACUUUGAGUCGAUGAUACAACCUGCGACCUAAAUUCUUGCCUACUGCACUGCCUUUCGGUUGCUUCUCGAAACCAUCUCAGUUUUGUGGUGAGUAAAUGCCAGCUUCUUCUUGCGCAUCCAGUCUUCCACACCAUCCAUUGGCUCCGUGGCGAGUGCUUCUACUUCCUCUAGUGAUGCACCGAUCAUUAUGAGCACCACAUCGUCAGCAAAACCUACAAUCUUCUCGCCCAUGGGAAGACGCAGCUUCAGCAUUCCGUCGUACAUAGCAUUCCAAAGAGUUGGACCGAGUAUAGAGUACACUGUGGAACGGCCUUGAAACGUACUUCUUUUUCCGGCGUCAGUUUCGUAGAUCAAUUGCCAGUUCUGAAAGUAGCUCCUCAGAAUUCUACAGAGGUACUCGGGAACUCUCAUUCUGUGUAGUAAAUCGGCAAUUGCAGCCUAGCUAGAACUGUUGAAGGUGUGUGUACGUCCAGGGUUAUCACUCCGCAGUAACGGUUUCCUCUUCUCUUUUGCUUCGGCGCAGCCUCCAUAGUUUCCGCGAUCGUUCGUAUAGCGUCCACAGUGGAUCUACCUUUCCGGAAACCGAACUGCAUAUUAGAUAGGCCAUUCUCUCCCUCCGUGUACGUAAGCCUGUUAAGGAUUACUCUUUCAAGCAGCUUGCCGAAUGUAUUCAACAGGCUUUUUGGCCUGUGUGCUGAAGGAUCUCCAGGGGGCUCUCAUGGCUACGGCAACAACACUAGUUUUUGUCGCUUCCAGAUGUCGAGGAAGUUACCAUUGUCGAUACACUUUUGCUGUGCAGUCCUAAAUAUAACCGGGUUCGUUAGCAUUGCUAUUUUCAGAGCCACGUUGGAAACACCGUCUGGCCCCUGAGCCUUCUUGGUUCUUAAGGUUUUUGCCACCACUAUCAGCACUUCGUUGGUUACCCGAACUUUUUCUUUGUAUUCAUCCUGAGCCUCGCACGGCGCGGGCGGCUAGGUUUUCGGUUCAUGGCUACUCCAUAGCGUCGCCCCACGGAUUUGAAUUGGUGUUGCGGUAAAGCUCCUCUAGGUACACCUUAUACCUUAUACGCUGGUCUUAGAGCUGCUCUUUCAGCAACAACGUCAUUCUCUUUUGAGCUCUUUCAUGCAUGUAGGUCAGCAAUCGUCGAGCUCCACAUAGACUGUACCUUGGUUUACAUUUUACUUGGCAUGGUUGCAUCGCACACUCUUGCUAAUGCCGUUAUCACUUCUUCUGCACUGAAGUACAGAUGAUUGCACUCAAGCCUUAACGCUUCAACGAAGACUCCCUCGUCAAUCUUCCGCUCGUUUAAUUGAGCCACACGCGCUUCCGACUGUCUAUUGCUCCCGAUAGCGUACUGGAUCGCUUGGUGAUCACUGUGGGUGUACUCUUCGCACACUCUCCAAUUCAAACUUCCUGCCAGCCCGGGGCUGUAGAAGCUAACGUCAAUAGUUUAUUCUUGAUCUUUCCAGUGGUAGGUGCUGGUUGUACCAUCGUUGAUAAUAUCUACGUUCAGCUUUGCAAAGGCCUCGGGACUUAGUGAACAUACCGACCAGCCAACUUUGAUCUUCCUGGUUUUAGUAGCAUGUUUGCUGUUUCAACCGGCAGCCUAACCGAAGUCGCUAGGAUCGUCAUCGGCACUUCUUCAAGCUCGCACUGUUCUUUCAGAGCUUCUCUUAGCUCUUCUUCCGAGGAUAUGUCAUCCAGGUCCUUACAUUGGAUGGUUGUGCCCGUGCAUAAGGCUUUCACUUCCAUUGCUUCGCCCAUGACUUUCUCGGUGAGCACUUUAUAAGUAGAGCUGUUUGACUUCGAAUCCUUUUUUAAAUCCAGGAUCAACUCUUCGGUGCGCCUGAUUUUCUUAACGCCUGAGCCCAGCUCCCCGAAUUACCGGGUUUAUCCCCAUUGCGCGCUGUACUUUCUCGUACGAGUAAUCGUUAGCUUUGACUAUGAGUUUGUUUCGUCUCUUGAAUAGUGUAAUCUUGACAGAAAGGCUAGCUGACCCAAACACGAAAAGUGAAGCAAAAUGUAUGAGGAAAGGGAGAUAUUUGUGCAGACUUAUUGCUCAACCGUCGGGGCUUCCUCGAGCUUCCUUCUUGGGCACAGGGGCUACGGUGUUCCGCCAGAACACGCAAUCAUCUGUCACUUCGCAAACGAUAAUUAUAUGCUACUUUCUAAACGAUUAACGUUUGACUUUCACUGGAUUGGGAAACGUCGUGAAUUAACUUAUUUGCACUUGUAUUUAGCAUCUUAAACGAUGGGUACGUCUGCACAUCACCGGCUCUCACAACUUCUGACCCAUGCGGUUUUGGUUUUUUACAGCACCGGUGCUGCCGUCAAGCUAACAACCCAUCGCGGGUGGGGUGCGUUCACUCCCCAGCUCGUAGUAGGUUCACUCCCCAGCUCGCAGUAAGUACGGGGGGAAUCGUUAGGCUCCUGAGCUUCUGUUCUCCCGUCCCUGCUACCCCAUAUAGGUAUGGAUGUAUGUAUGUUUGUAUGUAUAUAUGUAGUUUAUAGAAUUCCCCCGGGUUUAUCAAUUCUUGGCGUUCAAAAAGGUCUGCAGCGGUUCGCUUCAGAUGUUCUGGGAUCGUCCGCUCGCAACUAUAUUGGACUUGGGAAUAUUUGAUGUUUGGGUUAUUGUGUGUAGUAUUGGGAACUGGAGAAUUACAGUGACAGUCGAUGGCGCAUUCAUGCUUAUAAAAUUUUCUUUUGAUCACUAGGGGACAUGACUGUGAGAAUAGGGCAAAUGGAAGCUUCAAAUUGCACAAAGUUGACCCGGUCGGAGAAACUCCCACCAGUCGUCAAACGUACGUGUAGAUUUGGCCAAUGGCCAUGAAAUACAUUUUCAUCUUCAUUUCUUUUCCACAAUCUGCAAUCCUAAGAUCGGUUUUCAGCAAUAGGACUAACUUGUAUUAAAACGAAAAUGAAGAUACAUAGGCUACGAACAACAAAUGUUACAUAUUGGCUCACAAUGAACAAUACCACAAAUGAACGGUGAACGACUUACUCUACCUAACUAAAUAUACUGUCUCAAAGAAGAAAACUUACGAGCAAUACAUUGAAACUAAUACCAAGUAAAUCUGUAGAGUGUCGAAUGGCACUCGCUGCAAAUGAAGCGCUACACUUUUAUUAUUGUGAAACAAUGUAACCUAGUAAAAUUUUGAAACUGACUCGAAUGAGUCAAAUGCGUUUCGAUUAGUAUACUAAAAUCAGUAGAAAAAAUAUCGUGGUUUGUACACCAACCUAGUGGCACUGUUAUUUGAAACAACCCAAGGUGUUGAGAAUAUACCUAACCUAGCGGAAAACUCUGUGCAUGUAAGUACAUAAAGGGCCUUAUAUAUUUUCACGACGAUCCAGUCUAGAGAAUCGCACUCUAGUAAAUGCGCAAUUAAACAACAAACUACAACAGCUGCGUCCGCGUGUGAGUUGUAGGCAAUCUUUUGUAGAAAUCGACACUUCGUUUAUUUUCGUAGACUAUACACAUUUAAGAACCGAUAGAAACAUUAUCACUCAAUUAUUAGAGUACGGUACCGACAUAUGAAAAUACGUUUGCAAAACUUUGACGUCCAUUAAAGGGUAAAUAAUUAUGGAAAAAGUAACGACUAGAGUUAAGUGAAACAACUAAAUGUAGUUCCAAUUGCAUAGAGCAACCAAUGCCAAAAUAUUCUUCCCAGCAGUAUCUACCUAUUCUACCUUCAUCCAUCUCAUUCAAUCAUCGAACGUCUUCCCCGCUUUUUGCGCGGACAGAUUCACACCUACUGUAGCAUACCUGUUAUUAAUGCUGUACUACCUGUCUAGUAAUAGGAGAUAAUUUCUUCCAUCAUCAAAGGCCAACUAUUGUAACAACCCUCAGAACACAAGCUAUCGCGAAAAGCUUUUUACCAGUAUUCUAUGUUACUGUGAAACAGAGUAAUCCACAACAUGGAUGCAGUCGAAUGAUUGUAUAACCAUUCUCCGGAGGUAUAAAUAGCCUUGAAAACUCACUUUAACAUUAAACGUUUGUAAAAAUAUUGUAGCCCAGGACGUUUGUCAGAACCGAUGAGUAAUAAAGGUUGAUUUGCAGUUCUUGCCUACUGUAGGUACUACAACACAGCAAAUCUCAACGGAGAAUGAGUAUGCAAUACAUUUCCACAUUGCAACCAGGAGCACACAACUAUAAGUUCACAAUCUGUACAGCUCCCACAAAACCACAACACUAAUAGCAGCUUUACAUUCAUAUUUUCGUUUGCUAGUGCAGAACCAUUCAGUAUCUUAACUCGUAUCCUUUAUCAUAUCUAUCAUAGUCGAUAAGUUUAGAUUGCAACUAGCCUUAAUUUGUCUCUAUUACACUUUUUAUUGACAUAUUUUCAAAUGGAUACUUUUCACCAUACGUUGAAUAUUACCAACAAUAAUUUAAAAUAAAUGGGCAUGAUUGCAAUACUAGGUCCUACUGUGUUACUUUACAAAUCAAUAACUAUAGACUAUCGUUUCUUCAUCAGUUAAGACUACGCAUAACUAUUAUGUUUAUUGUUUAUAGCUUACAUGAAUCGAGAUUAAGUGUGUUAAAGAAUAUGUACUUUAUUUUAGCAAACCUUCAUUGAUUUUGCUGUUGCUUGUCGAAUGAAAGCAAACCCUCUGUAUAAAAAAGUUUUAGUUUUUUUCGCCACCUCGAGCGCGUUAGUUAAAUAUUUAUUUCACUUGCUAGUACGAACAGCAGCGAUGGAUUAAAGCUACCACAAGGCUAAAAACUCCAUUAAAAUAUAAUUCAUAAGCAUCUAUCAAGUUUGACUUAAGGCCCAAAUAGAAUGCUCGGCCACUGACCAUAGAUAGUAUCGCCUCGUUCGCUAUAGAAUUCAACUCACGGCUAAACAACGGUUUUUUUUAACCCGGGAGUUCAUUGCUCCAUUAGUGACGAAGCAUUCUGUUUAAGCCUUUCGAUCAUUUUACGUCACGUGGACACUGUAUUUUCGCCUGCUGGCAAAACCCCACAAAGACCUAGAUUCCAUAGAUGAACAUAGCCGAGUGAGAACCGCAAACAAUAGCACAACGUAGAGAAAGCAUACAAUCACCAUUCUGUUAAGCAGCAGAAAAAUUUUAGUGAUCCUUACGUAUAUGUUUUGUUUGACGCUGCCAUCGAAUAACGAUAAAACUGCUGAAGGUAGUACAGAUAUUUCAUGCCAAAUCGAUGAUGCAACCUAAUUGGUACCUUAAUUUUUACGAGAUGAAUUUAAAAAUUUAAAUUUAAAAAUAAAACAAGAAAAAACACAUUGUUAUCUGAACGUUUUGCACGAAUACAUGUUAAAGACAGGCAUAGUAUUAUAUUCAUACAAAAAAUCUAUAUCUGUAAAUCAUCAGAUUCCCAGAAAACGUGUUGGGCAGAGUGUUUAACCGGGUUAUACCUAGCGUCCGCUUGUUCGACGGUCAAUCUUUGCGAGACCGUGGUAGAACAAAUAAGUAGCUGUUAUUUUAAGAAAAUUGAAGAGUUCGAAAACAAUUUGAGCAACAGUAGCGGGAAUUGGAGAAAAUUACAAAACACAAGAAAAGAUAAAUUGUCUUUGUACAUACUACAAAUAUAUAUUCGAUCAUUAUUAUAUCGAAGAAGAAAAAUAUUUAUAAUUAAACAAAUAAAAAAAAACAUCUAUUUCUUUCAUACAAACGAUGACAAUUGUUCGUCUCUUUGUGAAACGGUUAAACGAUUAUUUC